AUGUGCAUGCAGAAACGCGUGAAUGUGUCGUCAACUUUGAUUAGCAUCGCUGGUAGUAGAUUAUUAACACCAUUUUUUUCAUUGAUUUUUCUCGCUGUUUUUCUAUUUAUUCAUUUUUCUCUCUAUCCUUUUAUCUUUUUCUCUCUGUGUGUCUGUCCUUUUAUAUUUCUCUCUCUGUGUGUCUCUCCUUUUAUCUUUCUCUUUCUCUGUUAUCUUUUCCUCUCUUUCUAUAUUCUUUCAUCUUCUUCUCCCUCUCUCUAUAUAUCCUUUUAUCUUUUUCUCUCUGUAUAUAUGUUUUAUAUUUUUCUCUCACUCUCUAGCCAUCUAUCCAUUUAUCUUUUCUAUCUCUAUAUUCUUUUCACUUUAUUUCUCUCUAUCAUUUUCUCUCUUUCUCUCUUUCUAUCCUUUUAUCUUUUCUCUGUCUAUCCUUUGUCUUUCUCUCUAUCUCCUUUUAUCUCUCUCUAUCCUGUUCUUUAUCCUCUUAUCUUUUCUACGCUCUCUCUCUCUUUCUCUCUUUUUAUUGUUUCAUUUUUCUCUAUCCAUUUAUGCUUCUUUUUCGUUUUGUUCUUAUCCAUCACUCUCUUUUUCUCUCUACUUUUUUGUCCUUAUACACCUCUUUUUCUAUCCUUUUGGCCUUUAUCUCUCUCUCUUAUAUCUCACUCCUUUUCUCCUGAUGUCUCUCACUUCCUCUCUCCUUUUGUCCUGGUCUCUCUUUCUCUCAUCUUUUGUCCUGGUCUCGCUCUCUCUCUCUCUCCUUUUGUCCUGAUUUUCCACUCUCUCACCUUUUGUCCUCGUCUUUUCUCUCUCUCACCUUUUGCCCUGACCCCUCUCUCUCUCUCUCUCUCUCUCUCUCUCUCUCAUUCUCAUCUCUUUCUCCCUAUCCUUUUAUCCUUCUCGCUCUCUAUAACGUUCCUAGGAGAUUUUUUUCUAUCAAAUUUAUAUUUCUUAUCAUUACUCUUUCAUUUUUUUUUCUUUGGGUGGUAA